GUUCAGUGCUGGGGAAGUGCAUAUUUUUUCGAGCACCUCUGCCACAUCAUAGAAUCGUGACUAGUAGAAAGCAACCGAGGUACCAAACCCACCAUGACAAUUGUUCCGAAAUCAGACAUUGAGAUUCUCUCUCAACACAUAGAUGAUGAGAGUGCAUUCUAUCGUCUCCGAGCGGGCCAAAGGGUCCACUACCUUAAAAUCUUCUCCGGCGUAUUCGACGACGACACCAUGUGUCGGCCGUAUCUCCUCAUUCCUAUGCUGCCGAACCUUCCUGACUUGCCGUGGACUACUAUGAUUAUCUCGCGGGACGAGGAUGGCUACCUCACGUCAACCAUUUCUACAGACCCGCUGCCAGGGAUCCGGGCGACCUGGCAUGAACGGCGAGUCGAUGUGCUGAGCUUAGAGAGAACGAGGCGUCUCCGCUCGGGUGUGCAUGAGGUCCAAUACGACGGCGUGCCAGCUAUCGCCAAGAUCGCAUGCUUCGAAUGGGACAUAGCUCGGAUUGAGCGCGAGACCUGGGCAUACUCGAUAAUAGGGCGGCAUCAGCAACAAUAUCCCAGCGAGUCUCCCAUUGCACCUAAUUUCCUUGCCCAUUUGACUGAGGACGAUAGGGUCGUGGGGUUCCUGCUACAGAAGGUGGAUGGGGUGUCGGCCUCCGUCGACGACUUGGCCAAUUGCGAGGCGCUGCUUCGAAGGCUACAUCGUCUGGGUUUGACUCAUGGCGAUGUGAAUCGGCACAACUUCCUCGUCGACCGGGUUUCUGGAGGCGGCGUGCAUCUGGUUGACUUUGAGCAUGCAGAGGAGCUUGAAGAGAAGAUGGCUAGAGCAGAGUUGUUGUCAUUGCCGGCGGAGCUAGUCGAAGAAACUGGGCGGGGUGCGAGUGUGGUGCUGUAAUGAGACCUUUCGCACUGGGAAUACAGUGCCUGCUCAGCGGCCAAGAGCUUCGGGAAAUGGUAAAACCGUCUACCGGCCCCGCC